UCCUCAGCGAAUUGAAGAUGAGUCAAGGUCAAUUGACCGAUUAUUUGAGAGAAGCCCGUCUCGUCAAAACUACCUUUCCCCCGUUCACUUUGGUUGCAGAAUAAUGGCUUCAAAACUUGAGGAUUUAAAAUCCCUGCUGCCAGGCACGUCCAUCGUUGAGCCUUCACAAGGCGGGGCAUACGACAAGGCCAGAAAGGACACUUUUAAUCAUGACCUUGACGCUUUUCCCUUGGCCAUCGUUUACGUUCGGAAUAACAAGGAUGUCAUUGAAUGUGUCAAGUGGGCCUCGUCAAACCAAAUACCCGUUACAGUUGCAGGCGGUCGGCACUCGAUGCGAUGCUACAAAAAUGAUCACUUGGCCAUCGAUCUAAGGCAUAUGGACGCCGUCAUUGUUGACGCUGUGAACAGAACUGUUGCCGUGCAAGGAGGCGCGAAACUUGGCCAAGUUGAUCGCGAAUGCUCGCUCUUUGGCAUGCAUGCACCGUUUGGGACUGACCCUGACACUGGUGUUGGAGGCCUAACUUUGGGCGGCGGAUGGGGUUACUUGUCUCGGCAAUAUGGACUCUCAAUAGAUGGGAUCGUGUCCAUGGACGUUGUCACUUCGAAAGGAGAGCUGAUUACGACUUCCGCAGCUGUUCAUCCAGACCUUUUCUUUGCUAUGCGUGGUGCAGGAGGAUAUUUCGGGGUAUGCACGCUGUUUCGUUUCCGUCUCUAUCCGGUCCCAGCAACACUCUCUGGGAUGGCCCUCUACGGUUUUAAUGAACCGAAAUCUCUCACCAAAUCGUACGUCGCGGCCAUGACAAGCGCAACUCGUCAUGUUAGUGGCGCUCUUGUUCUUGGGUUCGUUCCGGAUGCCGAUAAGAUUCGGAGACCUUCUGCAACCGUCAUUCUAUCCUACGUUGGCCCGUCGGUUGACAAAGGAACACUAGCCAUAGAGCCGUUCAAGAACCUCGCUGGUUCCGCGCCACUGAUGAGCAGCGUCCGCCAAUCUACCUAUGUCGAGCUUCAAUCCAUGCUGGGAGAUAUACACUCUCCAAAUAUCGGAAUGCACGACAAGCACCUGUUCCUGGCGGACAUCAACGACGAAAUUAUCGACACUUGCUUGGAUAUGCUAUCCACCCUACCGCAACCGACCGGUUUUGUCGCCAUCUUUCCAUUUGAUGGUGCGAUUCAAGAUGUGCCAUCUGGCGAUACCGCCUUUUCUCAUCGCGACAGCAACUGGUGGCUUAUUUACGGAAUUGAGUGGACGGAAAUCAGUCAGAAAGAACCAUGCAUCCAAUGGGUCCAAGCGGGUGCCGAACGAUUGAAGAGGUAUUCCCAGGGAGAAUAUACCAACCAGUCGCAUCACAAGAGCGCAGAAGCUCUCUGGGGUUCCAAUUUGGAUAGACUUCGGAAAUGUAAAGAAAUCUGGGAUCAUGGCAAUAUGUUUGGCAAGAUCUAGAUCGUGAUAUGUAGUUGGGCAUGAAGAUGCGCAUAUGCUCGUGGCUCUCUUGGGUUAGAGAUGAUAUAUCUUGGACGCCAGUCCGUACCAUACAUUGAAUAUAUAAUAUGCCCACAUCCACUCAUUCUGGU